AUGCUCUCCCACGUUGCUGGGUUCACCCCACAACCGUUCCCCCUCUCAGCCCCAUCUGCGUCCCCCCUGGUUCCCCCACUCGCGACCCCCCUCGUGCCUUGCGCCCGCGCUCCUGCCCCUCGCGCGAGCUCUCCCCCCUUCCCUCUGUCCCCCCUUCCCACUCUUCCCCCUUUCCUCUCUCCCCCCUUUCCUCUCACGUUUCCGCCUGCCUCUUCCCCCCCUCUCCCCCAUCUUGCUCAGCCGCCUGCCCCGUUUUCUCCCACCCCUCACCUCGUUUCCGCCUUAAAGCCACACGUGCCCACAUCCUCACUUCCCUCUCCCCUCCCUGCGCCUCCCCUUCCCUUCCGCGCAGCCGCCCGUCACUGCUGCCCCCAUCCGCGCCCCCUCUCCCAUUGGCGUGCAAACCUACUUUUGUGGACUCUCGAGAAGGUGGAGGCAGAGGUGAGAGCGCACCACUCCGGGUCGCACCGGAGCGCGACUGACGCGGACUUCCACUGCCUUUUCGCGCCGCCGCUGCCGCCGGCACUCCGGCCUGUGCUGCUCGCAGCGACGGUGCUAUUCCCGCCCCUACCUCCGCCGCUGCUGCAACCGGGAGCCCCCCCUGCUCGACUGUGCUUACCCCACCUGCCAUUGCCGCUUCUCCUCACGCCUCCGCCAUCGCAAAUCGGAUUCUUUUCCUGUGCAACUGUGCGACUGCGCGACUGUGCCUCCCCCGUCAUCUUUUUGUCACCGUCCAUCGCGACACUACCUGAUGCCCCAUUGUUUCCCUCCCAGCUCCUUCCUUUGCCUCACACCCAUGCUCUCCCUCGUUGUUAUCCACACCCGUCCAUUUCUCGCCCCCCUCCGCGUUCCCCCUGUUCCCCCACUCGCAGCCCCCUUGCGCCAUUCUUUGCGCUCACCCUCUUGGUCUUGGCGCGCGUUGUCCCCCCUUCCAUCCCUCUAACCCGCACUUCCCCACCCCUCCACCUGCCCAUCAACUCCCUCUUCCGCCCUUGUACUCCCGCCCCCUCCUUUCCCUGCCACGUCUUCUCCCACCUCUCGCUCCGUUAA